AUGGCUGAGAGCCAAGACAAGCAAAAGGAACAUGCAGAUACCAGGGGCAGAGGCAAUGUUAAAAUGUCAGCCGUCUUCAAGACGAAGUUGUGCCCGCGCUUCAUCGGACCUUUCAAGGUUGUGGCCAGGAAGGGCCUUGCGUACACGCUCAAUCUUCCGAAGAAUAUC